AUGUCUCCCAGUGUAUCCACAAAUUUGAUACUCAGCCCAGGUAGACCCCUGAAAUCAAAACUGGGAUGCAAGACAUGUAAAGUCCGAAGAGUCAAAUGUGGCGAAGAAAAGCCUAGCUGUCUCCGAUGCACCCAAACUGGUCGCAAAUGCGAGUAUGGCAACAGCAAAUUGAGCUCAGACUUGAUCUUAUCUCGCGCUCUCGCUUCGCCUCUUUCGUCGACUCCCAACACGAUCUCGCGCGAGCGACGCGCUUUUGCAUAUUAUUUUCAAUGCGCCGCUACAUCUGUUGGCGGUGGCCUAGAUGUGGACUUUUGGCUCAAUAUCGUUCCGCAGGUUUGUCGGCGCGAGCCUGCAGUGUGGGAUGCGAUGAUCUGCAUCAGUGCUCUGUGUGAGACUCCUGACUCAAACUCUGGCCCCACAUCGCUGCAACGGGUCUCUCAUUCUUUAAAUCAGAAUCGGCAGGAUGCGCUGGACUGGUAUUCGCGAUCUGUAUCUGGUGUUUGGCAGGGCAUCGAACGUGGUAGCGUGGACGCCUUUGUGGGACUCAUCACAUGUGUGUUGUUCAUAUGUAUCGAGUCUUUGCUAGGCAGUAUAGAGGAGGUCAUGCGUCUUUAUGCUCAAGGUGUACAACUUAUCGCAACACUGCGCGAGCAAAAAGCCUACGAUAAGUUGGCUCUACUACGGGAGACUGUUAUUCCAAUCUUUGUCCGAUUGGGCAUAUUUGCUCCUCAGUCUUCCUGGCCUUCUGCCAUGUCUUUAUUAUCGGAAACGGCGUAUGGAGAACGCGGGUUAUUUUCUAAGCCAGGAUUCCCCUCUCUCAAGGCAGCUCGAGAUGCCAUCGUUGUCCUUGCUGCAGAGAUCCCAAUAUUGGAGAACGAAUGCGAAACCUUUCUGCAGUCAUCUCACGCCUGGUACAUAUCCGAGGACUUGAUGGAGCGACAAAGAUCAUUAUCAGCCAGACUAAGGGACUGGCAAAUUUCUUUUACGAACUUGAUGAAAUCCCAAGAGAACACAAAAGAGAGUCUCUCACCAACACAGAUCAGUAUUAGCGCUCUGCUUCUCACAUAUCAUGAAAUGUUACUCGUGAUCCUCUCCGUUUGUGUCUCUCCAGUGAGAGUCUCCACAGACGCCUAUACACAAAACUUCCGAACAAUCGUCGAGCAAGCCUCUAUCGCCUUGAAUAACUCUGUCCAAAAUAAUGGCGCAUUAUCACCAUAUACCUUUGAAAUUAGCGUCGGACUCCCCCUUUGGUUUACUUGUCUCCGAUGUCGCGAGCCGAUCAUCCGCCGGGCGGCAUUGUCACUCCUUGCUAGUUCACAUCGCAUUCAAGGUCUCAGCAAGCGCGAGCACGGGAUAAUUGUCGUUGAGAAGAUCAUGGAACUAGAGGAGGCCCAUUUUAUAUCAACAUCACCAUUGGAUCUUGCCCCCAACACAACUGAGGGCAUCACGACCCCUAUCAAUGAACAACCGUGGCCAUAUUAUUCUGAUAUGAGCAGUCCAAGCAGCCCAUUCAAGGCACUGAAUAUUAGAACACCCUCAAUCCCAUCUCCUCCAUUGACGGAUAUCGAUCAAGAGUCAGUAACACAGUCCUUGGGUUUUAUCCCCCAAGAAGCACGCAUUCGUCCUCAUGGCAUCUUUCGGCCGCGAGACGGCUAUCCGCCUGGAAAGACUAGGGACGACUUUGCACAUUGGGGGCGAGACGAGGAUCAGUUUUAUAUGGAGUUCUCACGGAAUGAGUGUGAUGAGAGUGACCAGACAUGGAAGAUGGUCUUUGGAUAUGUCCCAAUUGAUAUCAUGCCUUAG